AGUAGUGACUGAAAAAGAUUUUAAAUUAAAAUGACAUUGUAGAAGUUUUAACAAGUUUUUAAAUAUUUUGUGCCAUUUGCUGUACCUAGGAUUAAUUUUAUUAGCUGCGUUUUGUUAAGUUAUACCAAAUAGCUUCAGAAAUAUGUUAGUGAAGUGGAGAAAAUGUGUUGUCAACAUUCAUUUGCAAUCUCGUCAGUUUUUAUCUCCAAUCGUAACAAAAAGUAUAAAAAAUCAGUCGUUAUCAACAACAAAGUUAUCGAGAAAUCAAUACGAUGAUUUAUACGCUGACAGAUGGGCGAAAUUUCAGUCGAAAAAGCUGCCGAAAAAUGUUGACGCCAAAGGCGUUUUUGCCGCAAACGAACUUGAUUUAGAUGAAGUCAAUAUUUACGGAUUCGAUUAUGAUUACACGAUCGCAUGCUACAAGAAGAAUCUCAAUUAUCUUUUAUAUAACCUAGGCCGAGAUAAUCUCGUUGAAAGGUUUAAGUAUCCGAAAGAUAUCAAGGAACUCGAGUAUGUACCAAAUUACACUAUAAGAGGUCUUCACUAUGAUAUUGAAAAAGGGCUAUUAUUGAAAUUGGAUUCCUUUCUACAAAUUCAACUGGGUACAGUUUAUCGUGGCUUAACUCGAGUACCAGACGAUGAAGUUUUGAAUCUCUAUCGAAAUCGAAUUAUACCAAUCGCUUAUGUUGAAGGUGAAAAGGGAAAUACAAAAGCCAGAAAAAUGGUUCAACUUGCUGAUCUAUUUUCCGUGCCAGAAAUGUAUUUGAUGUCUACAGUUACAGAAUAUUUUAAUCGUAAUCACAUUGACUAUCAUCCAGAGAUUCUUUUUAGAGAUGUUAAGAAUGCUAUUGGAAGCAGUCACCCAGUAAUGCAUAAUGUUGUUGGCGAACACGUAAAAGAAUAUAUUAAAUCUAUGCCGGAGAUGAGAAAGUUCUUUGAACGUCUCGUGAAUGCAAAUAAAAAACUUUUUCUUGUUACGAAUAGUCCUUUCCAUUUCGUAAAUAAAGGCAUGAACUAUAUAGUUGGUGACGACUGGCGGAGUCUGUUUGAUGUGGUAAUCGUUAAUGCUCGCAAACCCAAAUUCUUUACUGAACAUUCUCGUCCGUUAAGGGUUUAUGAUGAGAAAACUAAUUCUCACACAUGGGAUCGUGUAACGAAACUUGAAAAAGGCGUCAUUUAUUACGAGGGAACAGUGAAGAUUCUUCAAAAUCUUACGGGAUGGAGAGGCCAUCAAGUAUUGUAUUUCGGCGAUCAUCCCUACUCUGACCUGGCAGAUGUCACAUUGGAACAUGGUUGGAGAACUGGUGCGAUUAUUAAUGAACUUUCCCAUGAAAUCGAUACACUUAACAACGAAGAUUUUAAAAAAAGCGCAAAUUGGCUGCAAAUGUUGACAAGUCUUAUGGAAGACAUUCAAGAUCAUGAAACUCCUGAGUCAGAAGAAGCUCUACAAAAAUGGUCAAACGAGCGUGAUGAAAUUAGAACAAAGAUGAAGAACAUUUUCAAUCCACAAUUUGGAAGCGUUUUCCGAACUUAUCACAAUCCAACCUAUUUCAGUCGUCGACUUUUCCGAUUUGCUGAUGUCUAUACAAGUCAAAUAACGAACCUUUUGGAUUAUUCAGUCAAGCAUACUUUCUAUCCACGUCGAGGGGUGAUGCCACACGAAUAUUUAAGCUAUUUUAUGUAAUUUAAUCAUUAAAUUCUUAUGCUAUCAUCUUAUUUAAACUUAUUCUAUGAUGGCGUUAUCAAUAGUAACUUUACAUUUAUGUAUUUGAUUAAUGAAAAGCUCUGAUAUUUAACUUUUUACAAUUGAUUUUGAAAAAUAUAUUUUCAAUUGAACAUUUUACAUUCAUACAUACAUUUAUUUAAUCAUUUUGGAACAUUCUGUUUAUUCUCUUUUAUUUGAUCAUUAUGAUUACAAAUACGAAUUUUUUGGCGAUGGAAUGAAAUGAAAAUGAGGAAAAAAUGGAGAAAAUUGUAAUAAUAAUUUUCAACAACCAUGUUAAGCUUUUAAAGACAUUAAAUUUGUGAAUUAGGUAAGAAAAGAUCAAAGAAUUUCUCAAAUGAUUACAUCAUCUGAAUGGGAGAUGUUAUCUUCGUUUCGUAUGAAAAACGCCCAUUCAUAAUCAACCUUUUCAUCGUCCAAGAAGUUUUCAAAAAGUUCAUCUUGGCAAAAGAAUAUUGGAGCCAUAAUAGUGGAAAAGACUUUCAAGUAAGAUUUGAGAUAGACAAUAAAUUAUAUUUAUCGAGAGAUUUCAACAACAUUGAAUAAAAAUAAAUAUCUGUUCCUUGU